GGUUAAUAUGCUCUUGCUCUUUGCCACAGGAAGAGGUUUUGGUUAAUCUCUGAGGGACUGCUGAUAUUCAUUUUUAUUUGAUUUAACUCCCGUUUUGGAAGAAAGAUACAGUUCUCCUGUUGGGUUUCAGUUGGGUCUGGUCUUCGAAGAUGAGUGCUGCCACAUAUCACCACCAGAACGGCCACCGAGAACAUGUAGUGUUCCUAACCAAUGAACCGAAGUCCUCGUCAAAGACGAAGAAGAUCGGCAUCCUGAUUGCUGUUCUUCUGGCACUUCUUGCUGUCUUGGCUGUCGCGGCAUUCCUCAUUUGGUUCUUCGUCUUUAGUGAUAAUUACAGGGGCACACUAAGUAUGCGACAAAAACCAUCAGUGCAACUUUUCAGUGGUCAUAUGAAGCUGGGGGAUGUGAGUUAUGACCAAAAUCUCGAAGACACAACUAGCCAAGAAUUCAAAACUUUAGCUUCAACACUGGAAGACCUUAUGGUUGAAUGCUACCAGAAUGACCCACUCCUCACCAAGUAUUACACAGAAUCUGCGGUUACGGCCUUUAGUGAAGGAGUUAUAGCCUAUUACUGGUCUCGGUUUGAGAUCCCAGUCAGCGACCUGGAGAUUGUGCCAGAGUUCUCAGAGGAGCGGGUUUUGGAGGCACUGGAGAAAAGCGUUGCGUCACAAAGUACUAGGUCCAACCUUAUUGGCUUCAAGAUUAUUGAAAUUACUGCUUCACUCACAGAUGCUCGCAUGGCUAGGAAACCCACGGAGGACUGCUUCUUUCGUCUGGAAGCAGUUGCGGAUGAGCAAAGCUUUACAUCCCCCGGGUAUCCCACAGGUUACAAGUCAGAGUCUUAUUGUCAGUGGCAAAUCCGAGCAGCAGAGGAGAACACCAUAUCAGUCAGUUUUCCAAUUUUCCACAUUGAAGAUGACUGCAGCGAUGACUUUGUCUCAAUCUUUGACUCUCUGAGCCCUGAUGAUUCUCAGGCCAUCACAGUACAAUGUGGCCAAAGGCCUCCCACUAACUCCCUGAGUGUUGUGUCAUCCGGUAACAUCAUGCUGAUUAACUUCAUUGCUGACACCUCUGUCCAGAAGCCAGGCUUUGAGGCACAGUACAAAAUUAUACCCAAAAAUGAAGCUUCCCAAUGUGAUCGUGUCCUCACCAAAAACGAAGACAAUUUCACAUCUCCGCUUUACCCCAGCUUCUAUCCUCCUGCCACGAAAUGCACAUGGACCAUCAAGGUCUCUGCAGGGAAUAAGGUACGUGUGACAUUCAACAUCUUCCGCAUGAAAGAACCGGGCGUAGAUGUUCGAAGGUGUCACAAAGACUAUGUGGAAAUCAUGGGGAAGAAAUAUUGUGGAGAAUUGCCAUCUUUUGUUCUGGCCAGUCAGUCUAAUGAACUGAAAGUGAUCUUCCACUCCGAUGAGUCCUAUACUGACAAGGGCUUCCAUGCAACGUACACAGCCAUCGAUUCAGUUGACCCUUGCCCUGACCAGUUUGCAUGCAGCAAUGGCUUUUGCAUUGAUAAACAGAAAAGGUGUGAUGGCUGGAACGACUGUGGCGACAUGAGCGACGAGAAGAAGUGCAAAUGUGACAGUGACCAGUUUACCUGCAAAAAUGGUUUGUGCAAAUCAAAACUCUUUGUAUGCGAUAAUUCCAACGACUGUGGAGAUGGGAGCGACGAGAAACUAUGCAGUUGUCAGUCAAACGAGUGGCGAUGUGGGAAUGGAGUUUGUCUUCCUCAAGAUGUUAAAUGCAACAAAAUGAAGGACUGUCAGGAUGGAAGUGAUGAGGCCUCAUGCGAAGCCUCCCCAGAUUUGUGCUCUGACUUCAGCUUUAAGUGCACCAGCGGGGAAUGUGUCAACAAGGUGAAUGCCGAAUGUGACGGUGUCAACGACUGCCCUGAUAAUUCAGAUGAACAAUCAUGCGACUGUGGCACCAGGCCUUACAAGAUGAACAGAAUCGUAGGAGGGCAGAACGCUGAUGUUGGGGCGUGGCCCUGGCAGGUCAGCCUUCACUUCAAGAAUUUUGCCCAUCAGUGCGGCGCCUCGAUCAUUUCAGAGAGGUGGCUCCUGUCCGCAGCUCACUGUUUCGUCAACACCAUGUCCUCAGACUAUCUUGAUCCAAUCAACUGGCGUACAUACAGUGGAUUGAGGGACCAAUAUGAUACAGAAGACGCUCAGAGGCGUAAUUUGAAGAGGAUCGUUCCUCACCCAGAUUACAAUGAAAAAACCCAUGACUAUGACAUUGCACUACUGGAGCUCACAGAGGUGCUGGAGUGGAGCAACACUGUCCAACCAAUCUGCCUCCCUUCUUCCUCCCAUGUCUUCCCUUCCGGAUUGUCCUGCUCUGUCACGGGCUGGGGCGCACUCCGGGAAGGAGCUACUGCUAUGCUGCCAAAUUUGCUGCAGGAAGCAACAGUGAAAAUCAUCAAUGACACAGUGUGCAACCAGGUCAUAACUCAACAACAGGUCACCUCCAGGAUGCUCUGCAGCGGAUUCCUGACAGGAGGAGUCGAUGCUUGCCAGGGAGACUCCGGAGGCCCUUUGUCGUGCAGGGAGGAGAAUGGGAAGUGGUUUCAGGCCGGCAUUGUGAGCUGGGGUGAGGGCUGUGGCCGUCGGAACAAGCCUGGAGUCUACUCCCGCGUCACCAAGUUCAGAGAAUGGAUCAAAAAGGAGUCAAACAUUUGAUGAACAUGAUGUGCGGAGCAGCAGCAGGAAAGAUUGCAGUGCUGGAAAUGCUGGAAACAGAACAUUUUAGCAUGGUUCAGGCCAAGUCUUUUUGAGUUUUAUCUAUUCUUAACAGCCGGCUGAGCAUACUGUUGCAUGGGCCCAGCUGUUCACAUGAAUGACUUUAAGCACUUUAUGUGGUUGCCAACCUCCCACAGGAACUCCACAGACUCAAGUUUUGUACAUUUUCUAAAGGUGUUUCUUAGCAGUGUGUCAUGCUGCCAUCUAUUGAAGCAAUACUUAACUGAUGGAUACAAGCCACAGUGUGUACAAAAAAUGAAAUAUGUAUGAUUUGGGAAUACUUUUUCGCCCCAUUGGUUGUUUGGUUUAACUUUUUAAAUGUUUUACUUGGAUUUUUACAAACUGAUUUUCUUUGUGUACAGUGCCAUUAGUGAUUUUUAUUUUGAAGAUUUUUCCAUUUUCUAUACCCAAACUAAUUUGAUCUCACUUUCCGACAUGAAGUUAAUGUUCCACCAUUCUUUCAUAACUUUAGAAUUUAACUUAAAAUGUAAACAAAACUACACAUUUGAGUGGGUAUGGGGGGGGGGGUUGAGGUAAAAUUGAAAUAUCCAAUAAGGAAAAAUGGACCAACACCAUUUAUGUACAGUCAUUUUCAUGUUAUGCUUAGAUUGCAUAAAUACCAGGAGCUGGCUGCAAUGGAAGGCAGAAAUUGUAUUAAUCAAUCUAAAAGCCUGUGAUUUGCUUUGGAAAAUGGCCAAUGGUUAAAGUAUGCCAGGUUUGUUAUUGGUGGGUCAGACUAGGCAAAAAAUAUCACAGUGGUUCUUGAAUAAUGGUACUGGAAUGUUUUUUGUGUGUUUCCCUCCUCACCCCUCACCCCCACCCCCAUAUUUUCCUGUUUUUAUAUUUCCAUGGUUACUGGCUUUUGUCUAAAUUUGUAAAUAUUUUAAAGUAUUUAUAUAUAAAUUGGUGGGUGGAGGAUCCAGCUGGUUUGAGCAGACCAAGUCUAUGAUUAAAGCUCAGGAUGAGAGGUGUCUUUUGUUACAGAUGCCAAGAGAUUAACCACAGCUAAGAGUAUUUCUACUCAAAACCAAUUUGACAGGGUAACCAAUUUUAGGCCUGACUUGUUUUGGGAUAAACUAGCAAAACCAAAGGUGUGAAUGUGUAUUCUUUGCAAAAAGUAUUGGGGAGGACUAGGUUGGUGUGUAAUUCUCUCUUUAAGGCAUAUUGUCUGUGAAUUAAAGCAAAUACCCCUCUC